AUGCAAAACCAUUCCCUCAAUAAUCACCCCACAUUGCUCUCCUCCUACGCCUGCCCAACAAGUGCUCCCUUUGUCCCAUCAGCCCAUUCCGUUGAUAUGGACUCUCAAAGCACCUUGGAUCCCGCCGUCCUCUCUGGCAUGUCUCCGGGUUUUAAUGCUCUAGACGGCUUCGACGACACUCUGGCGUUCACCGAUCCGCUGGAAGGGGACGAUCCUCUGUUCCCAGUUGACUGGGACCAAGAAGACACCCCUCCUUACGAAGGCAACCUCUACUCGACACCUCUCAAUUGGGACCCUCCAGAGGCCAAGGUCGAACCACUCCCAAACGCACCCUACCAGACAAUGCCGUUGAGCUCACUGACUCCGGCCCAACAAGAGAAGCUGCGCAACAUCGCGAUGCCGCAACAUCUCCAAUAUCGAAAUCAACAUAGCCCAGCCAGUACGCACAAGAGCGCUUCUGUCUCGUCUCCCGAGGCGAACGACAACAGGCGAAAGCGCAAGUCCACUUCUUCCGCAGAGGAAGAAGAUGACGAAGACGGGGAGCAUCCUCCCGUGAAGAAGACCGCACAUAACAUGAUUGAGAAGCGAUACCGAACAAAUCUUAAUGACAAGAUUGCUGCGCUGCGGGACAGCGUACCAAGUCUGCGGAUCAUGACAAAGAGCGCUCGAGGUGAAGAUACGGCCGACGACAGAGAAGAGCUACAGGGUCUUACACCUGCCCACAAACUGAACAAAGCUACAGUACUUAGCAAAGCUACUGAAUAUAUCGCCCAUCUAGAGAAGCGAAAUAAACGACUACAAGAGGAGAAUGUUGAGCAGAAGGCACGCCUUGCUGCGUUCGAGACCCUCUUCCGUUCAGGAUCCAUGGGCUUUAGCCCAACACCUCCAAUGUCGAAUGCCUUCCAGUAUCCUCCUGACUACAAUACUCCGAGUCAUUCCCCUGUUAAUGAUCCUCAAGGGAUGAUUCAAGUGCCGGAAGAUAUCCGUCGACUUCAACGCCAGUCCAAUCAGCAAACAUACCCAGUAGGACAGUUCCAAGAACUGCAGCAGCAGGGUCGCCAACAACAGAUGGGUCCAAAUGGAUGGCAAAACGGCGGUGGUGGCUAUUUUGGCAAGCUGAUGGUUGGAUCAUUGGCUGGUUUAAUGGUCAUGGAAGGCUUCACUCAGGCGGAAAGCGAAAGCGACGAACCUGGAGCUCGAGGCCUCUUUGCCCUCCCGGUGCAUCUUCUAAGGACAGUGGCACAUUACAUUCAUUCAUCCAUCGACUUUAACGUUCUUGGUUACCACGUUUCGACCUCACAAUUCCUGGGAUACUUUAAAUUCUUCCUGGUAUUCGGCGUUCUAUUAUAUGUUUUCUUGCCAUCACUGUUUGCGAAAAAACCAAAAUCGCAUGGGGGCAAGACUCAGAACUCUUCAAUCGUUGCUGCCCCAUCUCUUGCUUCAUCUAUUCAAGUUCGCAGACAGGCCUGGCUCACUGCAGUUCAGACCGUUUGGGUGCCGAGUAACAACUUUUUCCUCGAAGCAGCCGCAUUGUGCCUGAAGAUGGUCAAGCUUAGCUUCCGCAAUACUGUCGGCUCUGACAGUUAUACAUAUCUCACAGGGAUCAAUCAGCAAUCAGAGACUGCUAGAGUCAAGACAUGGGGAAUUGCCCUCGACGCGCAACUGGCUGGAGGAGAUGUCGAGGUGAGCAAGAGUCGACUUACUCUGACCUUGUUGGCUUCCGGCACUCUUCCAGAUACGCCAGCAAGGCUCAUGCUCAAGGCCUUGCACAUCCGGGUACUUCUCUGGGAAUUUGGUAAUGCAGGAUUCAAUGGUUUCUACAUGUUCCAUGAAAUCGCGGCAAAGCUCGCUAGAUGGAAGUGGAACGAGGCAAAGAAAUUGCAGCGACUGAUGUCCAGCACAGAAGACAAGCAAGAUGACGAACUACCAGGAUACCUCAAAGCUCUCCUGGAGGAAGAAUGUGACGAUGUUCUGACGGAUUGCAUUGGUCAACGUGCUUACAAUCUUGCCUGGAAUCUGCCGACGAACAACAACGUCAGAGUCGGAUACAAAGGUAUGGAUAGUGUUGUAGACGACUAUGCCAUUCGAAGCCCAUUGGAUGCCGUCGCAGCUUGGUACUCCAGCCUUCUUUGCGAACAAGCACUUUCAAAGAGUCUCGAGAGCAGCAGCGAUGACGCUGUCAGCCAAAAGUCCAUCAUCGAAACCAUUGCUCUUGCUAUCAAAGUCGCACCCAUUGGCUCUGGAGCUCAGAUCCGAGCAUUCGUCGCACGUGCAGUGUUGGUCAAGGAGAAGCGCGGUUUGAACAUCGCUGCUUCCCUCAAAGCACUGGGCCCAUUUCAGCCAAACAAUAGCAAAAGUACGACCUCCGCGCCGAGCCUCAUCCACACAAGUACUUCCAUCGCAGGCCUGCCGGACAUCAAGAUGUCGCUGCGUUGCGCUAUGGCCAUUGCCCAUCUCGAGCGCUUCCCUGCGCCUGACAACCCCACUGCCGCUCACCCCAUCAUCAACAGCGUUGUGCCUACCAACUUGACCCUCCUCGGCUUCACGGCUGCUUUCAAGCUCAUGGAGAGUAUCCAAGCACAUGACAUGGUUGCAGCGAGCUGUACCAAUGCGCUUGAGAAGCUGGCUGGCAAUCUGAGGAUCUGGGUUGGUGGGAAGGAUGGGGAGCAAAGCGGGCUGGAUAAGGAUAUUAGGAAGGAGAUGGUAGAGAGGUGUCUGGGUACUACGAAACGCAUCAUUGGGAUGGAGAAGGAUGCCGGGUAUGAGACGAUGAGUGAAGAUGAGACAGGCGAGGGUUGUUGA